AUGCAGAAUGAGCCUAUGGAGGCACUGCCGCAACACGAGCCACAACAAGAGCCACGUCAUGAGCCUGUCCAGCAAGGUCAUACCGAGGGAGACCAAGGCGGACCACAAGAAGAAGGGCCAGUGGUGCCUGUUGUGCAGCAAGAGGCAGACCCCCAGGGCCCAGUAGAAGAGCCACCACAACAUGAUUUUGUGGAGCCACAAAAUGAUGUUUUGGAGGACCCCGAAAACGAAGAUGAAGAAGAUGAAGAGGAAGGUGAUGAAGAAGAUGGCGAGGAAGGUGAUGAAGAAGAUGGCGAGGAAGAUAAUGAAGAAGAUGGCGAGGAAGGUGAUGAAGAAGAUGGCGAGGAAGGUGAUGAAGAAGAUGGCGAGGAAGAUAAUGAAGAAGAUGGCGAGGAAGGUGACGAAGAUGAAGAAGAUGUUGGUAAUACCGCGGAUCAAGAUAAACCUGGUGAUGAUGAUGAUGAUGAGAACCAAGGAGCAAAUGGUGGUACAACGGGUCCGGUUGCUGGUGAAGCUGAAGGUGCAGAUAAUGCAGAGGGUCCGGGUGCCGAUGGGACCGAGAAUACAAGGGGUGGGGGUGAAGGUUUGGACCAUGGUGCUGUUCAUGGUUCCAAUCCUGAAGAUUUUGAUGGUGCUGAACCAGGUGGUGAUGGUCAGGUGAGAACAAGAAUAAAGGCAGCGAGGCCUAAACCUAGUCCCAAACCCCGCACUGCGACAAAGAGAUCCCGUAAGCCUAGUGAGAAGGCAAUAGCAAUGAGAACAGCUCGUCAACGACUAGGUAUUAGAAUGACGAAGGCAGACAGUUCUAUUUUGAAGUACGUAGAGGCUUACGACACCAAAAAGAAAGCAGGAGGGGCUAUGUUGAUUGAAUGUGAUGGGAACGACGCAAACCAGCAGAUGUGUUACUCGGUUGUUCACCCCAGGUCCUAUGUGAAUUCCCAGUAUGUUCGUACAAUUGCAUAUCUCUACAACCGGGAGUGGGCUAGUGAAUUUCCAAAGAGUUGUCGCAGACUUAUGCUUGACUCUAUGUUUGCACAUCAAAAGCUAAAGACGAAAGAAACAUAUGCUGGGUUGUUCAAGAAGUGGUCGCAACCACUUAGGAAGGUGGUCUCCUCGGAUAUUUCUGUGGUUUUUGUUCCAGUUGUCGAAAACGAACACUGGUGGUGUGUUGCUUUUGCACUCAAAGACCAGAAGAUAUGGUUCAUUGACAGCAUGUAUAAAAAUCCCGCUGCAGAGCAUUCUGCGGAAUUAAAGAAAUUGAUACCUGCCGUUGACUACGUCUUACUGGAGACUGACAAGGAGUUUAACGCAUCCCCGGCAUGGCAGACUAAGCAAAUGGGGAAAUGGCCCCUGGAUGUUGUUGGUUUUCCUGAUUAUAAUGACAAUCAUGCAUGCGGGGUUGUGAUGCUUAUGGCGAUCCGGGAGACUGCUAAUGCUUUCAAAAAGUCAAUGCAUGUGGGGGAGAUAGGCGCUGCCCGGAAGGCUCUGUUCUUGUCCCAUUUGAAUUCAGACUACAACUCUUGCCGUCCAUUGAUACCGGAGAUAAUUGCUACCCAUUGCCGUUGAUUUAUAAUAGUCUAGUGUCAUGAACUUAUGUUUAUUUUAGUUCGAGUGUUUAAUCAUCAACUUUGUUUAUCGGUUGCGUAUGAACUAUACCGUGCUUUUGUUGUUUGGUGACCAAUACUUCCCUUACACUAUGCAUUUUGGUUAAAGGGGAUGGAAUACUUUGUAGUUUUGGCACCAAUAUAUGUGUGUAAUAUUUUAACGACAUUGUUCUAUAUUGCAAUGUCGUCAAGUUCUACAAGUUGAUCCCUUUAAAUGUUGGUUUAGUCAAAUUUCUUAUGAUUUGUUACCCCC